AUGAACCACUUCCCUCAAGCAUGGGGACGACCUAGGAACGACGUCUACGGUGCUUACGACCAUUCAUAUCUUCAAACUUCAGCUCCCCAGACACAUACACAGUCACCCGCCGUAACAGGUACAUCAGUAAUUGCCGUCAAGUUCAAUGGCGGCGUAGCUAUCGCAGCAGAUAAUUUAGCCUCCUACGGCUCCCUCGCCAGGUUCACGGACAUUAAACGCCUACGCCCCUUCGACAACGCCGCUGUGAUCGGCUUCGGCGGUGACGUGUCUGAUAUGCAAUACGUCGACCGCCUCCUAACCUUCCUUGACAUCGAAGACAACUACUCAACCUACGGCCACUCCCUCAACGCGCAGAAUCUGCACACCUACCUAUCGAAAGUGAUGUACAGGCGACGGUCGGAAUUCAAUCCCCUGUGGAACAUGAUCCUCGUAGCAGGCUUUGACGGCGAGGACAAGCCAUUCCUCAGCUCCGUCGAUCUGCUGGGUAACACGUACUCUGCGCCGCACCUGGCCACGGGGUUCGGAGCGCAUCUGGCCAUCCCAGUGUUGCGAAGGGUGUUUCCGGAGGAAACUCCGCUGGAGGAUAUUAAAGAGGAGCAUGCAGUUAAGGCACUACAGGAAUGUAUGAAGGUGCUAUUCUAUCGCGAUGCAAGGAGUACGGAUCGGUAUUCGAUUGCAGUGGUGAAAAAGGAUGGGGUGGAACUCAAGGAGAAUGAACAGUUAGAGAACCAGAGUUGGGCGUUUGCAGAGGGUAUUAGAGGGUAUGGAAGGACGACGAAAUGA